GCAUGCCCAUAAAUAUGUGUCAGGGCCAUGACGUGACAUAUAAUACACAAGGUCACUCAUGUUUAGUGUCUACACUCAUUCCUAGUACUGGCUCCAAGGAAACAAGUGUAGUGAACUUAGGUUGAUAUUCCACUUUAACAGUUAUGGCAUUUGCUCCAUCAAAGGCUGUCGGAGCUCGCAGUGUCCAAUCAUUAGAAGAAUACAACACACCAAGAGCACCACUUCGCCGCCAAGUCUCUCUGGAUGAGGAGAGGAGAGAUGACUGCCAGGGGCACUGGAGAGGGCCGUACCUGGAGGGUGAGGAAGAAGAAAAAGGGGUGAGGCUCUUCAGGGCGAUGCUGCUGCAGCAUUUGAGGCUUGAGGAGUUGAGGCCACCGCCUUGUAUGAUUGUGCCUGCUAAUCCUGACCAGAGAGGUUGGUGGAUGUACUGGAGAGACUGGAGAGCUCUUGAGCGAGCUGCUCGAAGGUUCAGGGAAACAAAGGCCAGAGCCAGACUAGCAUCGAGAGCUGAACAUAUACCUCUUUUGUGCCUUGAUGAAGUGGAGUUUGAGGAUAUCAUGCAGGAGAUAUGUCAGGCUUGUGUUCACAUAGAGCAGCGAGCACUGGUCGUACUGGCGUUCCUAUGCGAGGUGGUAGCACGAGCAGUGAGGGUCGGUGGAUGGUGUCGAGCAGCGGACUGGGCUGCGAGACAUGUUGCCCAGUGUGCCACACCAUGGGCCAUCAAGCAUGGAGGAUGGAGUGCUGUAGUGGAGCGAGCUGGUGGUUCGCGCAGAGAAGAGACGCUUAUAGCUGGAGCAGCCAUCGCGGCACUAUUAGCUUUUCUUCUAUACUGUCGUACGCGUUUACGCCACGCUCUACUCUAAUUACAACACAUGAUUCUUCAAGAUGUACCUAAUUUAUCAUGAGGUUGACUUCGUCACUUUUGUUCUCCCUUCUGGUUGAGAAAAGGCAAGGUGAUAUCAAAGUGGAAUCUUUCAUGUGACAGCUGAUGUCAUUUCUUCUCAUCAUCUCUUUUUUCCAGAGCUAUAAUAUUCCAGCGGCGUUUCUUCUACUAAUCAGGGUAGAUACAUCAUUCAAUAAGAUGUAAUUUAUUAUGAGGCCAAUUUUAUUCUUCAUUCUGGUUAAGUAAAGACCAGGCGAUAUAAGAGUUAAAGUGGAAUCUUUCAUGUGACGACUGUUGUCAUUUUGUCUCAUCAUCUCUAUUUUGCAGAGCUGAAGAAAGCAGCGUUUCUUCUACACUUACUGUCACACGCGUUUGCGUCAUGCAUCACUCUACAUGAUGUAAUUGCUCAUGAGGAUGAGUUUGUCACCUUUGUUCUUCAUUCUGAUUGAGGGAAGUCAGGUGAUACAAGAGUCAAGGUGGAAUCUUCCAUGUAAUGUCUGAUGUCUUUUCGGCUCUCCAGUGUGAUUUCAUCACUUUAUUCUUCCUUUUCAUGGAGAAAAGGCAAGAUGAUACGAGAGUCAAAGUGGAAUCUUUCAAGUGAUGACUGAUGUCAUUUCUAUCAUCAUCAUCCCUUAUACUUUUCUAGCGGUGCGUACUGAUCAUAGCUCUACAAUAUACUAGAUCCUAAAAUGGAGUUAUCUAAAUAUUGCUCAGCUCAUUAAGCUGGUCUGUUGCUGCAUUCAGGCACCAUCAAGUAUAUCGCAAUGAUACUUAUACGCUCCAACAGGAUGUCAGUUCAUCUCCACAUGAUCAAGUUUCAGGAUUCAGUGAUGACAAGCAAACCUAAAAACGUCAUCUCUUUAGCGGAUUUUAUAUGUAUAGUUUAUAAAUUGUAAGUAAGGCAUUGUUAAAGAGAACGUUGGUAAACAUAUUAAUAUUAGGCUGCAAAAAAUAUAAAACCAACAUCGCCAAGCUAUGAUCAGAUUAUAGUCAAUGGCGAGGUUACAUAUACACAUCAAAUCUGCCGCCUUUUAAUAAAGCUUUUAAAGCCGAUUCACACCA